GAUAACCCCUCACGUGGAGCAGAUGAAAGGGCCGCGGCGCGACGGCCGGGGGAGCCGAGCUGAGCCUGCGACCCACAAAGCCGCCGCUGCCGCCGCGAUGGGGUUGUGAGGCGUCCGCCCGCGUUCGGUCCUCAGCCGGCCCGCGACUAUGCCCGGCCGCGCCCGCCCUCCGCGCCCUCCCGCCGCAGGACCAUGAGGCCGCGCUCGGGCGGGCGCCCAGGGGCCCCGGGCCGCUGCCGCCGCCGCCUCCGCCGCCGCCCCCGCGGCCUCCGGUGCAGCCGCCUGCCGCCGCCGCCGCCGCUGCCGCUGCUGCUCGGGCUGCUGCUGGCGGCCGCGGGGCCCGGCGCGGCGCGGGCCAAGGAGACGGCGUUCGUGGAGGUGGUGCUGUUCGAGUCGAGCCCAAGCGGCGACUACACCACCUACACCACCGGCCUCACGGGCCGCUUCUCGCGGGCCGGGGCCACGCUCAGCGCCGAGGGCGAGAUCGUGCAGAUGCACCCACUGGGCUUAUGUAAUAACAAUGACGAAGAGGACUUGUAUGAAUAUGGCUGGGUAGGAGUGGUGAAGCUGGAACAGCCAGAAUUGGACCCGAAACCAUGCCUCACUGUCCUAGGCAAGGCCAAGCGAGCGGUACAGCGGGGAGCUACUGCAGUCAUCUUUGAUGUGUCUGAAAACCCAGAAGCUAUUGACCAGCUGAACCAGGGCUCGGAAGACCCGCUCAAGAGGCCGGUGGUGUAUGUGAAGGGUGCAGAUGCCAUUAAGCUGAUGAACAUCGUCAACAAGCAGAAAGUGGCUCGAGCAAGGAUCCAGCACCGCCCUCCUCGACAACCCACUGAAUACUUUGACAUGGGGAUUUUCCUGGCUUUCUUCGUCGUGGUCUCCUUGGUCUGCCUCAUCCUCCUUGUCAAAAUCAAGCUGAAGCAGCGACGCAGUCAGAAUUCCAUGAACAGGCUGGCUGUGCAGGCUCUGGAGAAGAUGGAAACCAGAAAGUUCAACUCCAAGAGCAAGGGGCGCCGGGAGGGGAGCUGUGGGGCCCUGGACACACUCAGCAGCAGCUCCACAUCCGACUGUGCCAUCUGUCUGGAGAAGUACAUUGAUGGAGAGGAGCUGCGGGUCAUCCCCUGUACUCACCGGUUUCACAGGAAGUGCGUGGACCCCUGGCUGCUGCAGCACCACACCUGCCCCCACUGUCGGCACAACAUCAUAGAACAAAAGGGAAACCCAAGCACGGUGUGUGUGGAGACCAGCAACCUCUCACGUGGUCGGCAGCAGAGGGUGACCCUGCCGGUCCAUUACCCCGGCCGCGUGCACAGGACCAACGCCAUCCCAGCCUACCCUACGAGGACAAGCAUGGACUCCCACGGCAACCCCGUCACCUUGCUGACCGUGGACCGGAACGGGGAGCAGAGCCUUUAUUCCCCGCAGACCCCCGCCUACAUCCGCAGCUACCCACCCCUCCACCUGGACCACAGCCUGGCCACUCACCGCUGCGGCCUGGAGCACCGGGCCUACUCUCCAGCCCACCCCUUCCGCAGGCCCAAGUUGAGCGGCCGCAGCUUCUCCAAGGCAGCUUGCUUCUCCCAGUAUGAGACCAUGUACCAGCACUACUACUUCCAGGGCCUCAGCUACCCGGAGCAGGAGGGGCAGUCCCCGCCUAGCCUCACGCCCCGCGGCCCGGCCCGUGCCUUUCCUCCCAGCGCCUUUCCUCCCAGCGGCAGUGGCAGCCUGCUCUUCCCCACAGUGGUGCACGUGGCCCCGCCCUCCCACUCCCACCUGGAGAGCGGCAGCACGUCCAGCUUCAGCUGCUAUCACGGCCACCGCUCGGUGUGCAGUGGCUACCUGGCCGACUGCCCGGGCAGCGACAGCAGCAGCAGCAGCAGCAGCUCCGGCCAGUGCCAUUGUUCCUCCAGUGACUCUGUGGUAGACUGCACUGAGGUCAGCAACCAGGGCGUGUACGGGAGCUGCUCCACCUUCCGCAGCUCCCUCAGCAGUGACUAUGACCCCUUCAUCUACCGCAGCCGGAGCCCCUGUCGUGCCAGUGAGGCGGGGGGCUCGGGCAGCUCGGGCCGGGGGCCUGCCGUGUGCUUCGAGGGCUCCCCGCCCCCCGAGGAGCUCCCGGUGGUGCACAGUCAUGGUGCUGGGCGGGGCGAGCCUUGGCCGGGCCCUGCCUCUCCCUCGGGGGAUCAGGUAUCCACCUGCAGCCUGGAGAUGAACUACAGCAGCAACUCCUCCCUGGAGCACAGGGGGCCCAAUAGCUCUACCUCAGAAGUGGGGCUCGAGGCUUCUCCUGGGGCCGCCCCGGACCUCAGGAGGACCUGGAAGGGGGGCCACGAGGGGCCGUCGUGUGCCUGCUGCUGCGAGCCCCAACCCUCCCCACCCGGACCUAGUGCCGGAGCAGCUGGCAGCAGCACCUUGUUCCUGGGGCCCCACCUUUACGAGGGCUCUGGCCCGGCGGGUGGGGAGCCCCAGUCAGGAAGCUCCCAGGGCCUGUACGGCCUUCACCCCGACCAUUUGCCCAGGACAGAUGGGGUGAAAUACGAGGGCCUGCCCUGCUGCUUCUAUGAAGAGAAGCAGGUGGCCCGCAGCGGCGGAGGGGGCAGCGGCUGCUACACUGAGGACUACUCGGUGAGUGUGCAGUACACGCUCACCGAGGAGCCCCCGCCCGGCUGCUACCCCGGGGCCCGGGACCUGAGCCAGCGCAUCCCCAUCAUUCCGGAGGAUGUGGACUGUGACCUGGGCCUGCCCUCGGACUGCCAAGGGACCCACAGCCUCGGCUCCUGGGGUGGGACGCGGGGCCCGGACACCCCAUGGCCCCAUAGGGGCCUGGGAGCAACCCGGGAAGAGGAGCGGGCUCUGUGCUGCCAGGCUAGGGCCCUGCUGCGGCCUGGCUGCCCUCCGGAGGAGGUGGGUGCUGCCAGGGCCAGCUUCCCUAAUGCCCUCCAGGACACUCAGGAGUCCAGCGCCACGGCCACUGAGGCUACAGGACCGAGAUCUCGCUCAGCAGACAGCAGCAGCACCGGAGCCUGAGCUCAGGAGGAACUCUUAACCUGGAAAUGGGGAACUGUAUGGAGACUCCAAACUGACUUCCUUCAAAAAACAAAAACAAAAAAAUUUUUUAGCUUUGACAAACACACAAAAGUGGUAAUAAAGAGAGCCCUCCUUGUUAACCCAAAAUGUGAGCCCCCUGUGGCAAAACCACCCCCUACCCCAUUAACAAAUCAACAGACAAAAUUCUCCGAGUCUUUUGCCUCUUUUGAUAACAUGUUCUGUUUUGUAAAGUGUGUGUGCUUGGGGUUCUGAGGUGUGGGAUUGAGUUCUCUGCUUUGUUUUUUGUUUUUUUUUUUAAGAUAUUGUAUGUAAAUGUAAAAAGUUAUUUAAAUAUAUAUUUUAAAGAACCCUAACCGCCAACUUUUGCUGAAAAAAAAAAUCACUGCUGCAUUAAGUGAACCACAUCAUGUGUAGAUACUGUUGUCUCCCUGGAGGGAGCUCAGGCCUUUGAAAAGCUCAGGGCUUCACCUGCCUUAGAAAAUGAACCAGAAACUUGAAGUAAAGCUAGUUGAUAUGGGUACAGGCUCUGAGUGCAAAGCUGCCUCUUUCUUUCUUGUGGCAAAUGCCAAUGUAUACUAUUUCAGGUCUCAGAUGCCAUGCCCCUCCAGCCCACGCCUUUAGGCAGGUGAUGGCAGCAGCUAGGAAUAGGGUGUACAUGAUCUGCAGCCCUGCGGAGCCAGGUCAAGCCGCUGCUACGAAAGCUCCAGGGUGAUGGGGACAAUUCUGCCCAGUGCCCUCAAUCUGUCCCCUCAGGUCAUGGUCCCAAGUGAAACAACAGAGUUCACAGCGCUGGUCUUGGCUGAGGUCCAGGUCAUAGUAAGGGCAUGUUCUUGGGACCCUCAACCUGAACUCUGACCCUCGGGGCAGGGAAGAGGAGGCUGUCCCCUUUGGUUGACCUGACUUUGGAGUCCUUUGCAAAAAUGUUUUGGGCUCUCUGCCACUGGCUGCAGAAAUGGCUCGAUGGGGUGUGUGGGGACAGACACCCAGAAGGAAUGUACUUUUGUGGCCUUGGUGUCCAUUGGGGCUGGGGGAGAGUGCUCUCCACUGACCCAGCGGCACACCGAUGUGCAGUGCGCAUGCGUCUGUGUGGGGGCAGCCACACCCCUCGGCUGCUGCUUCCUUGGGCUGCCUUUCUAGGGGCUUGUGCCUGGACCUACGAGGUCUGCACUGAGCUCCAUUUGAAUGAUACCUUUCCUAUCCCGUUUCCCCAUGGAAGCUCUGCUUCAGGGUUAUUCAGUCCUCUGCCUCAUGGCUGAAAUUGCUCAUCUCGUCUGCAGAUGUCUACUAUCCUGUCUACCUAAUGCACUAUUAUGUAUUCAUUCUCCAUGAGACAGAGAGAGAGACUAUCAGAUAGUUUACACCCAAAGGGUAGGUUUUUGUAUAUUUUUCCAGCCUUUUUUAUUAAGGGGAAGGGGAGAGUUUAAAAGCCCAAACCGUUGUGGUUUUAAGGUGUUUCAUUUUUAAAAGGGAGAGAGAAUCUAUUUAAAGCUAUUUCAAAUCAGGGAUUGUCAUCCUUUUUGUCCAAUGUAUUCCUUGUUCUUUAAAAAAAAUUUUUUUAGAGGGAACUAAUCAUAUUAGUCCUUGUGUUCACUAACUCUUCUGGUCACUUGUAUUUAUUCAUUCAUUCAUCAGAUAUUUGUUGCCAUCUGAAAGAACUGGCCCAUUGGGUCUGAAAGCUCGCUUGAGAAUAGGAAACUUGAGACCUGGCCCCCUGUGGGUAGGAGAACAAGGACCACCUGGAUUGCCAGGUGAUGGUGCUGGUCUUUCUCCAGUCUUGAACGAGAAUCUCACUCUAUCAGAAUGUUUUUCUUAACCUUAGCGUACGAUGAGGAAAUUUACUUAUCUCUAGCUAGGAUUUGACAUCUAUUCCAACAUCAAAUGAUCAAAGCAUUUGCCAUUGAGGCUUCACUGGCGAGAUCCAUCCUCCAUCCUCGGGUGCAGUCCCUUGAGGGCUGCUCCUCGGACUGUGCCCCGCACACCUGUUACCAAGGGUGUGAGAAGCGCCUAAGCUGGUGACAUGUGAUCUGGGACGCCUUCAUUUCUCGGGCCAGGAGUAGCAGCUGCUAAGGACAGCAGCUUGCAUUACAUGGUUUUAAGGAAGCGGGAUCUGACUUUUAAUAUGAACUGCAAAAAGCAGCUUCUCAUUGAGAUUUUGUUGUUGUUUGGGGGGGGGGGGUUGUUUUGUUUUGUUUUUAAUGCCUUUGAGUGCAUAUUUUCUUCCUCGUCUGAAACCGAACUCCCAAAGUGGCUUUCUUUAGCCCUGGCUGGAAAACCACCCCUCAAUAGCCUUAAGCAAUAAAUAGAUGAGUGCGGAAUGUGGCUUCCACUGGGCUUAUUAAAAUAAGCGUGUCUAGUUUUCACUUGAGCCAGUGAUAACCGCAGAUGGCAAAAGAAACCCAUUUAAUUUUUGUAGCUUACAGGUGGUAGAAACAAAAAUGCAAUUUUAAAACCUUAAAUACCAAAUACCAACCAUUGUCUUUGUUUGUUUGUUUGUUUGUUUUUUGAGACAGAGUUUCGGAGUUUCGCUCUUGUUGCCCAGGGUGGAGUGCAGUGGCGCGAUCUCAGCUUACCACAACUUCCGCCUCCCGGGUCCAAGUGAUUCUCCUGCCUCAGCCUCCCAAGUAGCUGGGAUUACAGGCAUGCACCACCACGCCGGCCUAAUUUUAUAUUUUUAGUAGAGACGAGGUUUCUCCAUGUUGGUCAGGCUAGUCUUGAAUUCCUGACCUCAGGUGAUCCACCCGCCUCGGCCUCCCAAAGUGCUGGAAUUACAGGCGUGAGCCACCGCGCUGGUAACACCAACCAUUGUCUUUUAAAUUUGUGUUCGCUUCUCAGACAGGGAGAUCACCAGAAUAAAAUAACCAAUGGUCUUAUUUUUUUCACACAUAAAUCAAAAGAAAUGUCCUCUUGGAAGUUUUAAGGUUCCACCAAUGGCAGAUACCCUUUUAGGUGGACUCUUGAGUGGUUUGUAGUGGUUUUAUAGCCAUGGAAACUGGGAGUAUCUCAUUUUCCACUGAGAACCCCUGCCCCCAAUCCCUCUAAGUUGGGGUGUGACAGUUGGGCAUGGUUAAGUGACCCAGCCCUGGGUCCAGGACAGCCAUGUACAGUGAAGAGUUCUAGAACCAGCUAAAUGUGGAAGUUUGGGUAUUUACCAACAAGGUACCUCUUUACGGAUGCAGCCCCAGUAAGCUGGCUUUAACCUCAGCUCCUUCCAGCAUCUCCUUCUAAACCCAAGUCCUUUUAUAAAAUAAAGCCCCAUGUGUCCCACUGCUCACAUAUUUAUGUGCUGCUAGUCUCUACUCGAAGUUUGUGCAGGACUAAUGCUUUUAAAAUGAGGUCUAAAAAAAAAUUACUAAUCGAGAAUAUUAUUCUUUAAACAGAACUGCCUUUUUCUACUCUUUAUGUAAACUCUUUCUAUUGUGUUGGUCUAACAAGGCACUAUUUUAAAAUUUUUAAAUUUCUCCCAUAGCACUUAAAAGAGAUUUUGUAAAGACUUUGCUGUAAAAAUUUUGUAAUAAAAUGGUCUAAGGGCUCUUUUUCCAACAUUACCAUUUUUAAAAAAUGUUUUAAAAGCUAGAAAACAACUUAUGUAUAUUCUGUAUAUGUAUAGCAGCACAUUUCAUUUAUGGAAAUAUGUUCUCAGAAUAUUUAUUUACUAAUAUAUUUAUCUUAAGCCAUGUCUUAUGUUGAGAGUGUGACAUUUUUGGAAUAAUCAUUGAAAAUGACUAACACAAGACCCUGUAAAUACAUGAUAAUUGCACACAGAUUUUACAUAUUUGCAGACCAAAAAUGAUUUAAAACAAGUUGUAGUCUUCUAUGGUUUUGUAACAAAUUGUACAAAUGACUGUAAAAAAAAUACAAUUUUAUCAAGUAUGUGUUA